UGAAUCCAAGUGGGGCGAUUAGUUGGAAAAAUCUAAGGAGUUUGUCUAUUUCCUAUCUGAAAUUAGAUGAAGAUUUGAUUGUAAAUAUAUUAUCUGGAAGUCCUCUAUUGGAAACUUUGGUGUUGGAAGAUUUAGAUGGUUGGAUAGACAACACUACUUCAGAUAAUUCUUUAGAUGAUGAAUCUGAAGCCAAUAUCAUCAAAACCAAUGCUUCUAAUAGUUUUUCACUAACUCAAUGUCCCUAAUUGAAGCUCAAGAAAUUCAAAUUGCUUUCCUAUAAUGAUAUUAAGUUGAAAUCACAACUAAACAGUUGGGUUCUUUAUGCUAUACGGUGUAGUGUUAAAGAGAUUUAUUUAACUUUAUGCACUAAUGGAAUCGAAUAUGAGUUUAUGUUAGAUCAAACUUUUUUCACGAGUUCAUGUUUUACUAAUAUGAAAUUACAUAGGUGCAUGGUUAAUCCAAUUGGGGCAAUUAGUUGGAAAAAUCUUAAGAAUUUGUGGGUAAGUUAUGGGAGUUCAGAUGAAGAUUUGAUUGAAAAAAUAUUAUCAGGGAGUCCUGUAUUGGAAACUUUGGAGUUGAAUCUUUGCUAUGGUUAUAGGCGACUCAAUAUUACUUCAAAGAGUGUUAAAAACUUGGUGAUAUUUGGAUACAAGGAUUAUGAACUUGAUAGAUCUGUAGAUGAUGUCAUCGAAAUCAAUGCGCCUAAUAUUCAAUCACUAACAAUCCAAUAUGAAAUAAAUUUGUUGAAGAUUUUGUUCGUAGAUGUGUCUUCUUUAGUCAAAGCCGACUUAAAUUAUAUUUGUAAAGGGAUCCGGUAUCGCCACACAACGCCCAAAGAAGAGAUGCUUAAAGGAUUUAUAAUGAAUCUUAGCCAUGUCAAGGAAAUUAAAAUCGGGUUUUUUUGUUCUGAGGUUGUUUCUUGUUUGCAAGCUAAAGGUUUCAUUUUUCCAUCAAAUGUCAAGUUUUCUGAAGUCAUCGAGAACUGAACUGAUUUAUGAUGCUUUAAGUUCAUGUUUAGGCAUUAGUUUUCUUUUUUCAAUUCUAACUGGUUAAAUCUGUUAAUCUGAUUAGUUUUUCUUUUUUCAUUAUCUUAUU